AUGCAUGGGAAAUCUCUGACCAGCUGUUGCAGCUCAAGCAAGAUGUUGAAUCGUGUUAUUUUGCUGCCCAGACUAUGAAGAUGAAGAUUCAGACAUCAUUUUUUGAACUUCCUGCGGAUACUCACACUUCAUUGCGUGAUUCUUUGCUUAACCAUAUCCAGAACCUGAAGGAUCUCUCUCCUGUUAUUGUAACACAGCUUGCCUUGGCAAUAUCAGAUCUGGCCUUACUGAUGGUUUCUUGGAAAGGCUGUACUUACACUCUUAUACAAAAGUAUAGUGAUGAUAUCAGCUCUCUCCCAUUCCUACUGGAAAUUCUCACCGUUUUGCCUGAAGAGGUGCAUAGUCGUUCCCUAAGAAUUGGAGCAAAUCGCCGUACUGAAAUAAUAGAUGAGCUGUCUUCACAUUCUAGCUCAGUGGUUUCCCUGCUGAUGAACUGUGUGGAGAAGGCAGGAAGUGAUGAAAAAAUGUUGAUAAAGAUAUUUCGCUGUUUAGGAAGCUGGUUCAACCUUGGGACGUUGGACAGGAACUUCAUGGCAAAAAAUAAUUUAUUAACAAUUCUUUUCCGGGUUCUGCAACAGGAUGAGACACCUACCAACCUUCAUGAAACUGCUUCUGAUUGUGUUUGCUGUGCUCUGUAUGCUGUUGAAAAUGUGGAUGCACACACAGAUCUUGCAGAACAUCUUUUCCAGGGUGUACUGUCACUGGAAAUGGCUUACCACAUGGCUGUAGCACGGGAAGAUCUAGACAAGGUUUUGAACUACUGCCGGAUUUUUACUGAGCUGUGUGAAACAUUUUUGGAUCAGAUUGUGACAUCACCAGGUCAGGGACUGGGAAACUUGGAUUCUUUGAGGCUGCUGCUUGUGUGUGCAGGACACUCCCAAUAUGAGGUUGUAGAAAUUUCUUUUAACUUCUGGUACAGACUUGGAGAACAUCUUUACAAAACUAAUGACCAGAUGUUGCAUAAUGUUUUCAGACCAUAUAUUCAGAGACUUCUGCAUGCACUGGCUAGGCACUGCCAACUUGACCCUGAUCACGAGGGUGUCCCGGAAGAGACAGAUGAUUUUGGCGAAUUCCGGAUGAGAGUGUCUGACCUUGUAAAAGAUCUGAUCUUCUUAGUUGGAUCCAUGGAAUGCUUUUCACAGCUUUAUGCCACUUUAAAAGAGGGGAAUCCACCAUGGGAGGUAACAGAAGCUGUUCUUUUUAUCAUGGCGGCUAUAGCAAAAAGUGUAGAUACAGAUAAUAACCCCACAUUAACCGAAGUCUUGGAAGGUGUUGUUCAGCUUCCUGAGACUGUCCAUUUGGCAGUUAGAUACACUAGUAUCGAACUUGUUGGUGAAAUGAGCGAAGUUGUAGAUAAAAAUCCACAGUACUUGGAUCUUGUGUUGAAUUACUUAAUGAAGGGUCUCCGGGAGAAGAAUCUAGCUUCAGCGGCAGCAAAAGCUAUUCAUAACAUUUGCUUUGUUUGUCGAGAUCACAUGGCACAACAUUUUCAGGGCCUUUUGGAGAUUGCAAGAUCCUUAGAUACCUUCAUGUUGUCACCAGAGUCUGCUGUUGAACUUCUUAAAGGGACGGCAAUGGUUCUUGCACGUCUGCCUUUGGAGAAGAUUGCUGAUUGUUUGAGUGACCUUUGUGCUGUUCAAGUGGUGGCAUUAAAAAAGCUUCUUUCACAGGAGCCGCAUAAUGGAAUAUCAGCUGAUCCCACUGUAUUCUUAGAUCGUUUAGCAGUUAUAUUCAGGCAUACCAACCCACUUGUAGAGAAUGGGCAGAGUCAUCCAUGUCAAAAAGUUAUUCAGGAUAUAUGGCCAGUCUUGUCUGAGACUCUUAAUAAACACCAAGCAGACAACAGAAUUGUAGAACGAUGUUGUCGAUGUUUACGCUUUGCUGUUCGUUGUGUAGGAAGAGGUUCAGCUUCAUUAUUGCAGCCUCUUGUCACUCAGAUGGUAGAUGUAUAUCGAGCUCAUCAGCACUCCUGUUUUCUGUAUCUGGGUAGUAUCCUUGUAGAUGAAUAUGGAAUGGAGGAAGGCUGUCAACAAGGCUUGCUAGACAUGCUGCAGGCUUUGUGUAUGCCUACCUUCCAUCUACUUGAACUCCAGAAUGGUCUUCGAAAUCAUCCUGACACUGUAGAUGACCUCUUCAGACUGGCAACCAGGUUUAUACAGCGUAGCCCACUCAUUCUGCUACGUAGCCAAGUUAUGUUCCACAUACUUCAGUGUGCUAUUGCAGCCACCGCUCUUGAUCAUCGAGACGCUAACUGCAGUGUAAUGAAGUUCCUGCGAGACUUAAUACAUACAGGGGGUUCUAAUGAUCAUGAAGAGGACUUUGAGACACGCAAGGAAUUAAUUGGGCAAGUGAUGAAUCAACAUGGGCAGCAGUUGGUGAGUCAGUUGGUACAUUCCAGCUGUUUCUGCCUGCCUUCAUAUACUCUUCCUGAUAUAGCUGAGGUGAUUUGGGAAAUGAUGGUGUUUGAUCGACCGAUGUUUUGUCGUUGGCUGGAAAAUGCACUGAAGGGUCUGCCAACAGAAAUAACUGGCGGAGCAGUUACAGUAACUCACAAGCAGUUGACAGAUUUUCACAAGCAGGUUACUAGUGCUGAAGAAUGUAAGACUGUGUGCUGGGCAUUAAGAGAUUUCACCAGACUUUUCCGAUAGCUCUUCUGGCAGAUCUGAUCCAUCUUUCAGGACUCUGAAAUUAAAAUUGCCAUGCACAAUGAAAACAGAAGGGGAACUCCUAUAGGAUUCUCUCUCAUGGCUGAUACAGACAAAAAAAUUCUGCCUGCCCCUGCUCACAGUGCCAGAUGAUUAAUUUGGCAAAGCCGCAGUUUUGACUUGUGUGAGCAUGGGGGAGGGGAAGGGAAAGGAGAGAUUGUCAGUAAAAAAUAAAAAAAGAUAAAAAAGAGCAAUCUGGCACAGCACAAAGAUGGCUGCAGCACAGCACAUACCAUUGUGGGAAAGCUGGUUUCCUACAUAUGUAAGCAGAGACAUGAAGAGUUGUUUACUUGCUCGGUGAUGGAUGAAAUGUGUUUCAAGAAAUACAUAUGAAAAAAGACUACAGAAGACAUGCCCAGGGAAGGUCUUUUAAUUUUUUAACCAAAAACAAAAGAGGGAAGACAUGAGUCUUUGAUCUAAUCAACAGAGUGUUGGCAGAAAGUAUUGCAUGUGCCAAUUUGGAGAGUCUACCUGAGGAGCAAAAUUCUAGGGACCCAAAAUUAGGGAUUUUCUCAUGCCCCCUUCCAGCUAUUGCCCUCCAUCACCUAACCACCCUCUUACAAGAAACAAACUUUAUACUGAGGUCAUUUGAUCCAGUUCGGCCUAAUACAGACCAUGGACCAUAUUCCUUCUGAAGGGGCAUGGCCUUGGGGGGGGUUUGUUGUUUGGGGUAAGACAGAUAAAAGGACUGCAUUUAGGUGAGAGGGCUGGCUGUUUUAAAUCAGCACAGCUGCAACCAUUAAAAAAAUGCGCAGACAUUCAAAAAUAAAGCGCACUCUGUUCCGUCUGGUGUUGUAGCCAUCUCGUGAACAAUAAAAUAUAAAUGAUAAACUUUA